CACUUUCUACUUCAUCUACGUCAACAACUAAUAAAUUAAUAGUACACCAAGUUAUUUGAGAACUUGAAUAAAAUCACUUGUAAACUUACGUAAAUAAAAAAGAUUAUUUAAUUUGAAAAAACCAGUAAAUAAAUGUCCUAAAUGUUCAAACGUCAAGAGAUAUAGGUAUGACUAAGUUCACGGAAAAACGAUAAGUGCCAUUAAUAUUAUUUUGAUUCAUUUCUGUUCUGUACUGUACUAUUAUUCUUAUAAUUCAUUGAGCUUAUAUUUCCAAGGUAAUUUAAAUAAAAAUGUAUAGUAAUUUGUACAAAAUAAGCUCAAUUACAAAUAGUACGAAUAACUAUUAUGAACCAAUAUUAUCUGUUAUCAUCGUACAACAAAAAGAAAAGUUUGUUUGUUUGAGUAUUUAAAUGAUCAACACAUUAUCUAGAUAAAUUUGACUAGUUUUGUGGAUUUUACUAUUUGCAUUUACCUUUUAAUUAAAAAGAAAUAAGGUAUGCUUAUUGGAUUUAAUUUUCUAUUCAUAAUCUUGCAGUAAUUAAUUGCAUCAAUCAAAAAGCACUGUGAAUAUUUUGAUUCAUAAUUUUUGAAUGUUGUGUUUAUGUAAAUAAUGAAAGAGUGAUAUUUUUUUUGAACAUUUUUGUGUAUUUAAAAUAAAUUUAUACUGAUACUUGAUUAACAUUUAUAACAAUGUAAACACGUUUAGUUAUAACAAAUGUAUAUAAACGAAGAACCUAGUUAGCAGCGCCACAUGGUGUUGAAAUAAGUAAACUUAUUGUGCAUAUAAGGUGAUCAUAUGGUACCUUUACAUAUACAAUAUGUUGUACAUGGAUGGACGAAAUUAUUUGUUUACUAUCGUAUUAUUAUGUAUUUUUUAUGUGAACCAUUUACACGUUUAAAAAAAAAUUCAUUAUUCUUUGUAUAAGUGUUUUGAAAAUGAAUAAAAAAAAAUAACCUAGAAAUACAUUAUAAUUACAAACUUUAAUAACAGCAACUGUUAUUAAUAUUACAUAUUAUAUUUUUAUGGUCGUUUUAACAUAAAGGAUGUCAAAAAAAAACAGAUUAUUAGUUAAAAGUAUGAUUAUUGUGCCAUAUUUAAUUAUUGAUAAACACCGAUGAUUAUUCUUGUGGAAUUAUGUUAAAAUAAUACUCAAUAGAGGUAACAUUAGAAUUUCAUUUUAUUUAAUUUCAACUAAAGUAUAUAUAAUUAUCAUGCAUUUAUCAAAAUGACAUUACCUACCUUAAAUGAUUAUGUAUCUCUUGAAAAAAUUGGUUCAGGAAGUUAUGCAACAGUUUAUAAAGCAUUGAAAAAGGGUGGUAAUCAUGAAAUGGUUGCAAUAAAAUGUGUUGAAAGUUCUACUCUUUCAAAGUCAGCAAUCGAUAAUCUUCUCACUGAAAUAAAUCUUUUGAAAAUUUUAAAACAUGAACAUAUUGUAGAAAUGAAGGAUUUUUUUUGGGAAAAUGGGCGUAUUUUUAUUGUAAUGGAAUAUUGUGAUGGUGGUGAUUUAUCCGUUUUUAUAAAAAAAAAGAAAAAGCUACCUGAGUGUACAUGUCGUAAGUUUUUACAGCAAUUGGCACUCGCUUUAAGAUAUUUACGAUGUCAUAAUGUCUGUCACAUGGAUCUUAAACCACAAAAUCUUCUUUUAGUCAGAAAGCCUACAUUAAAACUAAAAGUAGGAGAUUUUGGUUUUGCUCAAUAUCUAAGUAAUAGUGAACGUAAAUUUACAAUUCGAGGAUCACCAUUGUACAUGGCACCAGAAAUAUUACAUAGUAAUGAAUAUGAUGCCAGUGUUGAUCUAUGGAGUGUUGGCGUAAUAAUGUAUGAAUGUCUGUUUGGUAGAACACCUUAUUCUAGCAAUAGUAUUGACGAGUUAGUUGAAAAAAUAAAAACUUGUCAACCAAUUGAGAUCCCUAAAGAUGCUCAUAUAUCAACCGAAUGUAAAGAUUUACUUUUAUCACUUUUAAAACACGAUCCUUCUCAACGCAUAAGCUUUGAGGGCUUUUUUGCUCAUGACUUUUUAGAUCUUGAGCACGCACCGACAGCAGAAAAUUACGAGAAAGCUGUUAAUUUGAUUCAACGUGCUGUGAAAGCGGAUGCAGAAAAAAAUAGUAGAGAAGCGUUUCAUUUUUAUUGUGAUGCUCUUAAAUAUUUUAUUCCACUAUUAAUAAAUGAAACGGAUUUACAAAAAAAAAAGUAUUUACGAAUACGUAUUAAUGAAUACAUAAAUCGUGCAGAACAAUUAAAACAGUCUUGUAUUGACAGUAAAAAUGAUGAUAGCCAAAAAUCUUCUCAGUCGAUAGAAAAAAAUAUGCUUCAAUUGAAUAUAGCAACAAAAAUUUUUUCACACUCAUUUCCAUUCAAUGAACUCCGAGCCCUCAGUAAAAGCACGUCGGAUAUGAAAGCGGCCCUAGAAAUGGGUGAAGUUGCGGAGCAAUAUUUUGCUGAAGGAAACUAUGUUCUUGCACUUGAAAAGUUCAAAUCUAGUCUUGGAAUUCUUGUGCGCGUGCUUGGUAAAGAGCCUCCCGGAAGAAGAAGAGAUCUUCUCCAUCAACAGAUUCAAUUGUGGAUGAAACAAGCUGAAUGUACAAAAGGACUUCUUGCGACUAAAACAAUGGGAGAUUGUAUAAAUAAAUCUUAUGAAAGUCACGAACAAUGUAUUUUACAAUAGAAAUAGAUUUCCAUAAUGGUUUCUCCAAAAAA